CUUUAAAAAUUUUUUGGGAGAGAAUUAUUCAACUUUACAACAAAAAAAUUUUUCUAUGAAUUUAUUACGUCAAAAAUUUAUUUUAUUGAUUAUAUUAACAACAUUCUUCGUUCCAUUCACCUUUUCUAUAAAUGUAAAUAUUGAUAGCAAAAUUAAACAACCUGCAGAAAGUGCAGCAGCAUUUGAUCAAAGUUCAGAGGAAGGGGAGGAAGAAACAACUGUAACUACUAAAAAUAGUGUGGUGAAAGAGGAGCAAGCAAGUUGUGAUGUUUUUGAUUCUUUCAAAGUUUUGCCUUCCGAUCCCGGACAUUUCCAAAUUGGUGGUGCUUUUCCUUUGCAUACUCAAGACUGUCUAAAAUUAAAACCUUCGUCUGUACAGGAUGUUGUUGCGAUACAAUGGGCAAUGGCCUACUGGAACGAACAAACCAAUAAAAUGAGAAAUGUCACUAAACGGCCUCGUAUCGGUUUAUUUGCUGGGGACAGUUGUUCUAGACCUAAAGAAGCUAUUUCUCAAUCAUUGAGGUUUCUCGAUGCUGUUGGGUUUCAUGAUCCUACUGAAUGCUUGCUUAACAAUAAAGAGGCUCUGAGGAAGAGGAAUGAAGCUCCCAGGCUUAUUGCCGUUCUCUCACCAAAGGAUUCAGAAUCAGCCAAUUCUGUUGCCCAAGCACUUAAACCGUACAAUCUACCAAUUGCAGCAUUCAGCUCCUCUUCAGCACAAGCUUUGUUGGAUCAAGGAGUGACUGGGUUCAUUAGCACAGCUCCUCUUUUAUUUGAUUAUGCCCAGACUUUGGUUGAGCUACUUAAAUUAAUUGGAAAUUCUAAUUUGGUAUCAAUAGUUGAUAACAACGAGGAUUCUUCAAUUACCGAUAAAUUUGUAGAAAUAAUUCGUCAACUAAAUAUAUCAAUAUCUGAAAUAAUUAGUGUUGAUCACCCAAAUAUUAUAAAUGUAUUAAAUCAAAGUGAUGCACAAAUUAUUGUUUCUUUGGUCAACAAAAAUAUUUUGGCAACUAUUUUUAAUUCAAAUAAAGAAUUUAAUUCAAUUGCAAAACUUUGGGUUAGUAUAGAUUGGCCUAACCAUAAUAAUGGAGAAGGAGAAGACGAGGAAACUCUUGAUUUUAUUAAUCAACAAAAUGCCAAUUUUGUUUUUGAUAAUUCUAAAUCUAAAUUAAAGUUUAUCUCAAUUCAUCGUCAACAACGUUAUUUGGCUGAUUUUAAUGCCUAUUUUCUUCGUGUAUUAGUUUCAAAUCACGAACAUUAUAGUUUACUUAAUGCUUAUGUUAGAACAGUUUAUAAUUGUAAUAAAACAGCAACAAAUAAAGGUGGAAGAAAAGUUUCUUGUGAAAAUGACCAGCUUAACCCUGCAAGGCUUGCAGAAUUGCACAGACAAUCUGCUUCCCUUGAAUCUAUUAUUCCUUUAAUUUUUGCCUUGGCCAGAACAGCACAACGUAUAGAUGGAGAUUCUGAAUUAAGCAAGAAAUGCCAAACCCCUUCCCAACCAUGUUUUGACUCUAUUCGGAAUGAAUUACUUGAAUUACAACCUUUAAACAACUCCCAACUUGGAAUUAGAUUACCUCCAGGCUUUUCAGAACAAUUAACUACACUACGCUUUUUUCAACCUUUUUUACUUGGGGAUUUUAUCCAAAUGGAGGGAAUUGUGUUGGAAGCUGUUUUUCGUGAAAAUUCUGGUUCUAAAAAUAUUUACAAGUUAAUUGAGUACAAAACAGGCGCUUCUAAAAAUGUACGCAAAUUUCAACUACCUUCACAACUUUCUAAUAUUCAUUCCUAUUGUAGACAAAAUAGACCCUACUGUUUGGGAAAAUGUGAAUUUGCUUCUCACCGAAAAGAAGAACAAACAUUUCUUAGUUUAUUACCACAAAAUUCACCUCUUUAUAUUGCUGCACUUUUUGAUUUUCAAAGUGGGACAAAUUGCAAUAUUUUACGAAGAGAUAAUCCUGAAGCUGUUUCGUUACCUUUAGCAUUUUUACAUGCGAUUUCAACAUUCCAACAACAAUUUUCUCCAAAAUCUGGCCUUUUUACUGGAGCAGAUUCAAUUCCAGGGAUUGGGGCACUUUUAAUUGAUACUUGUUCUAAUACAAAAAAUUUGUUGGAAUUUUUAAUAGAUUCUGAAAGAAAUUGUUAUAAAUUUACACAAAUGGAGAGAAAUUGGACUAUUGCGAAUGGGGCAACUAUAGGCUAUUUAUAUGGCUCUGAAGAAGAAUUAACCUCAACACAAGAAGGAAUUUUCGACGCAAUUUUUUCAAACCCAACAAUAUCCCCUCCAUUAUUAACACUUGGACAGUCGCAAAAAUUCGAAAAUAAUAAAAAAUCAAAUUUAAUUUUGUCUGAAUUUGAAGAAGCAAGAAAUACAAAAAAUUCAUUUUUCCACUUGGGCCCAAGUCAUAAAAAUACAGCUAUUGCUUUGGCUAAAUUUUUGAAGAAAAUGCACUGGACGUAUGUUAAUGUGGUUGUUGAUAAAAGUGAUUCAACUUCUGUUUCUCUAUACAAUCAAUUUAUGCUUCUCUCAACCGGAAUAUGUACUUCAGAUGUAAUACUUAUAGGUGACCAACAAACAACACGUUUCGACGAACACAACAACAUUAAAGAAUCUGAACAUUCCCAAACAUCAAAAAAGAAAAGACAUGAUUCAACAACAACAAAAACAAAACAAUCCCAACAUUUACAAACUUUAUUAAAUGUUCCAAACGCUAAUGUUACGCUUGCAGCAGAAUUUAUGAGUGCUCGUUUGCGUGACGAAUUUAUGGCUUCUGGGAGUACUUUAAAAAAUGUUCAUAUAAUGAUUGGGGAGGCACACGAUUUUUAUUUGCGUGAUCCAACAAAUUUGGUACAAUAUGCAGGGACUGUUUCCUUCCAGGCUAAGGACCUAACAACACCAGAAUUCCAUAGUUGGAUUCGUUCUAUCACCCCUCUCACAUUACCCGAAGUUUGGUAUUGGCGUCAUGUUGAAGAAAAUUGGCAAUGCGCCCUGUCUAAAAGCAACAUAGAACGAUUUAAUGGACGUUUGUGUACUGGGGAAGAAUUGUUGGAUGUUAAUGGAAUGGGUCGUCUUACCCGCGCAGGCUACUUAACUAGAGGAAUUCAAUUAUUGCUGGAAGCUAUUGAUUCAACUUAUAAGAAAUUAUGCCCAAAUGAAAUAAAACCAUUAAUUUGUGAUGAAUUUAAUAAAAAUGGACGCAAAUUAAUUAGAAACACUUAUGCCCAACUUAUACUUAAAGAGCCUGUUGAAUAUGAAAUUUACCAACUUGUUUCUAAUGGAGAUGAAAAUAAUUUUGGAUACAAACUAUUUGCAAAUUAUUCUUCCUCCUCCUCAUCGUCCCCUGAAUCAACAAAUUCAGACCAAAUUCAUUUUAUAUCAGAAUAUCGACCUUUUAUUACAAAUUCUGAAGAAAACGGAGGAGGAGAAGAAGAAUUACAAUGGUUACCUCCAAUUAUUUCAAGAUGUCGUGCUCCUUUUUGUAAAUGUCCUUCUACUAGAAGACAAGUUGAUGACAACGACGAUUCCGACGACACAACAACACACCAUACUUACUCUAAUCCUUAUAUCAGAAGAGAGCCUGCAAAGCCUACAAUGUUAAAUGGAAAUGAUGAGGAAUUAUUGCUAGUUUAUGAUGGAACUAAUUUCCCUGAAAUUUCCCAAUUAAAUGAAUUUUCAAUGUCUCAAGAAUUAAAUGAAGCUCUAAGAAUUGUAUUUUUUGUUUUGAGCGGAAUACUUUGUGUUUUAGCAAUGGCAACAUUGUUGCUAAUUUUAUUUAAAAUGUAUCAGAGAACAAUAAAAGGACAUCAAUCGCUUGGAAUUUUGUUGUUAAUUGGAAUAUGUUCGUUGUAUGCUACAGGGUUUUUGUUUGCUAGUACACCCAGUAAUUUGAUUUGUCAUCUUCGAAUCUCUGCACACUCUCUCGCCCAUACACUAUGUUUUGGUGUAAUUAUAGUCAAAGCAAUACAAUUAAAAAAUGCUGAAACAUUGGCAACUUCUUCAAAACAACAUACUAUUAGUUAUUGGAAUUAUUGGCUUCUUUUAGCAUUUAUUUUUGCUGUUCAAUUUGUUAUUUGUAUGAAAUGGUUUUUAAUUGAACCGUUAGAAUAUAUUAUUGGGGCAAAACAACAAAAUUUUCAACUAUUUUCACAACAAAAUUUGGAAACACAAAAACAACACCCUCUAAUAUUAUUAUGUUCGUAUUCAUCACCAAACUUUUUGCUUGCACAAAUCUACACUUUUUUCCUUCUACUUUUAGCACUUUUAUUAAGUUCAAAAAAUAGAAGCAUUAAGCGAAACUAUAAAGAAGCAAAAUGGUUGUUUAUUACAUCGCUGAGUUGCACUAUAAUUCUAUGUUUGUGGGCAGUAAGUCAUGUUUUGAUCAGCCCGGUUUAUUUGGAUUUUACAACUGUUAUUGAAUUACAACUAACUGCAACAUUAUUAUUAAUAUUUAUAUUUGGCCCAAAACUUUAUGUUCUUCUCUUUUAUGAACCUGUUGUUGUUGAAUGUUUUUAUAGUGGGGGGAGUGGGCAAAGUUUAAAUAGAGACAGUAAAACAACAAACAUUACCUCUACUUGUAGUGAUCUUUUUGAAACUAGUGGUUUAGAAUGGAAUCAACACUCUUCUGUUUCACCUACACCUAGCACAACAACAAGCAACGCUGAAAGAAGUAGCAGCGAUGAUAGGGAAAGAGAAACAAUUGUACACAACAACGAUGAAAAGGCUUUCCAAACAAUUUUGCGCAAGAAAAACAAUUCCAACAAACUUGUUCAAAACAACAAAAACAACAAAACAUUAGAAACAACAGGAAAAAUGCUCAAUAAAAACACAACAUCAACAACAACAAAAUAA